GGCCGCGGGCACCGGGGCCUCGCAGCUUUGGACGCGGUGUAACUGGAUUUCCAGAAAGCGCUCGCCGAGCUCUGGGCUCCCAGGCGCCGAUCGGACUCCGAGCGAGAAUCAGCCGCUUGGCUGAAACUUGGGGCCGAGCUCUCGGGGCUGAAGAAGGAGCGCGAGUGGCGAAGGAGGCGGCGGCGGCGCGCGGAGCCUCGAGGCGAGGAGGCGGAGCAGCCCCGCCGAGGCGGCGUCCUCGGCUCCAGGCGGCGGCGCGGGCUCUCGCUGCCGGGGGCGGACUCGGCGCGGGGGGCGCGCGUGAGUGCGCGCUGCGGCUCGGGAGACUCGCGAAAACUUUGAAGGGUAACCGGAGACGCUUGUUGCUCCUCGCCGCGGAAAGAGCCGCACCGUUACGUCGCGGCGGAAGACGGCGGCCCCUCGGCGCCCCCGGCCCAGGCAGACGAGGUCGGGCCCCGGCGGCCGCGCGAGUGCUGGGCGGAGAGGCCGCGGCGCCCCCGCGGCGCGAGCGCCCCAGCUGCAGCGCCCCCGGCUCCGCGCCGCCCACGGCCCGGCCCCGGCGCCGGGGAGACUCUCAUGUGCCGGGCGCGCCGGCGCCUCCCCGGAUCCAAGCCUCUCCCCGCUGCCUCGUCGCGCUCCUCGGGCUGAGAGCGUCGCUGCACCGCGGCCGGCGAUGCGGGGCCCCGGCGCGGCCGCGUCGCGCCUGCCCCUGGGCCUGUGCACCCUGGUGCUCGUGCUGCUGGGCGCGCUGCCCGCGGGCGCCGGGGCGCAGCCGUACCACGGCGAGAAGGGCAUCUCGGUGCCGGACCACGGCUUCUGCCAGCCCAUCUCCAUCCCACUGUGCACGGACAUCGCCUACAACCAGACCAUCCUGCCCAACCUGCUGGGCCACACGAACCAAGAGGACGCGGGCCUCGAGGUUCACCAGUUCUACCCGCUGGUGAAGGUGCAGUGUUCGCCAGAGCUGCGCUUCUUCCUGUGCUCCAUGUACGCGCCCGUGUGCACCGUGCUCGAUAAGGCCAUCCCGCCAUGCCGCUCUCUGUGCGAGCGGGCCCGCCAGGGCUGCGAGGCGCUCAUGAAUAAGUUCGGCUUCCAGUGGCCCGAGCGGCUGCGCUGCGAGAACUUCCCGGUGCACGGCGCCGGCGAGAUCUGCGUGGGCCAGAACACGUCCGAUGGCUCCGGGGGCCCGGGCGGCGGCCCCACCGCCUACCCCACCGCGCCCUACCUGCCCGACCUGCCCUUCACCGCGCUGCCCCCGGGGGCCGCCGACGGCAGGGGCCGCUCCGCCUUCCCCUUCUCGUGCCCCCGCCAGCUCAAGGUGCCACCGUACCUGGGCUACCGCUUCCUGGGCGAGCGCGACUGCGGCGCCCCGUGUGAGCCGGGCCGCGCCAACGGCCUCAUGUACUUCAAGGAGGAGGAGAGGCGCUUCGCCCGCCUCUGGGUGGGCGUGUGGUCGGUGCUGUGUUGCGCCUCGACGCUCUUCACGGUGCUCACCUACCUAGUGGACAUGCGGCGCUUCAGCUACCCCGAGCGGCCCAUCAUCUUUCUGUCGGGCUGCUACUUCAUGGUGGCCGUGGCGCACGUGGCCGGCUUCCUGCUGGAGGACCGCGCCGUGUGCGUGGAGCGCUUCUCGGACGACGGCUACCGCACGGUGGCGCAGGGCACCAAGAAGGAGGGCUGCACCAUCCUCUUCAUGGUGCUCUACUUCUUCGGCAUGGCCAGCUCCAUCUGGUGGGUCAUCCUGUCUCUCACCUGGUUUCUGGCGGCCGGCAUGAAGUGGGGCCACGAAGCCAUCGAGGCCAACUCGCAGUACUUCCACCUGGCCGCGUGGGCGGUGCCCGCCGUCAAGACCAUCACCAUCCUGGCCAUGGGCCAGGUGGACGGAGACCUGCUCAGCGGGGUGUGCUACGUGGGCCUGUCCAGCGUGGACGCGCUGCGGGGCUUCGUGCUGGCGCCUCUGUUCGUCUACCUCUUCAUCGGCACGUCCUUCCUGCUGGCCGGCUUCGUGUCGCUCUUCCGCAUCCGCACCAUCAUGAAGCACGACGGCACCAAGACAGAGAAACUGGAGAAGCUCAUGGUGCGCAUCGGCGUCUUCAGCGUGCUCUACACCGUGCCGGCCACCAUCGUGCUGGCCUGCUACUUCUACGAGCAGGCCUUCCGCGAACACUGGGAGCGCACCUGGCUCCUGCAGACGUGCAAGAGCUACGCGGUGCCCUGCCCGCCCGGCCACUUCCCGCCCAUGAGCCCCGACUUCACCGUCUUCAUGAUCAAGUACUUGAUGACCAUGAUCGUGGGCAUCACCACCGGCUUCUGGAUCUGGUCCGGCAAGACCCUGCAGUCGUGGCGCCGCUUCUACCACAGACUCAGCCACAGCAGCAAGGGGGAGACUGCGGUAUGAGCCCCGGCCCCUCCCCCACCCCGACCUCCCCAGCCCUGGCGCGGGGCGAGGCGCGCCCGGGAAAACGGCGGGUGGGGGGCUCGUUUCUGUAACCUGCUCCCCCUCCAAUGAGAAGUGACCUGGAAGAUAGGGGGUCUGUGUCGACUGCGGGCGAGGGGUGGGUUUGCAAAGGAGGCCUGGGUGGAGAGACGCUUUGGGUGAAGAGACUUCUGGCAAAAAGACUUGCAGGAUAAUGAUGAUGAUAAUGGUAACGAUGGUGUGAAUCAUGUACGGUACGGGCCGACCUGGGCCUCUCGAGAAGCUUGAGACCAGCAGACAUUGCCGUGCGUUCUCCCGGCUCCGGGGCUGACCCGGGACUGCGAGGAUUCCCCUGCUGCACGGCGAGUGGCCGGUCCGCACUCCCGUGAGGCCGGGGUGAAAGGUACAGCGCUGUCUCGUGGCCUCUUUGUCCGGAAGAGGGAGGACUCCCCGCGGCGGCCUUGUCAAGCGGUGGUCAAACCAUAAUCUCUUUUCACUGGGGCCAAACUGGAGCCCAGAUGGGUUAAUUUCCAGGGUCAGACAUUGCAGUCUCCCCUCCCCGGCCCCUCCCGCCUGUUUUUCCUUCCGUUACUCCUUUCAAGUCUUGUAAAAUAAGCAUUUGGAAGUCUUGGGAGGCCUCCCUCCUAGAAUCCUAAUGUGAGGAGGCGGAAGAAAUGAAGAUAACAUUUCCAGGUAAGGCAAAGGGAAUGAGUAGUAGGUAUGUCUGCUAUUUUUUUAUUUUCUGGGGAGGGCGGGAGGAAGAAAGAAGGGUGUUUUAUUUGGUUUAAUACCCUGAAAAGAAGUGACUUGUUGCUUUUCAAAACAGGAAUGCAUUUUUCCCCUUGUCUUUGUUGUAAGAGACAAAAGAGGAAACAAAAGUGUCUCCCUGUGGAAAGCAGAACUGUGAAGACAGCAACUUUUAUAGACUAAGUGGCGCAAAUCUGAGGUUUCCCUUUGGAUGUUAAUUUGGUUGAGAGAAACAUUCCUUUUUAAGGAAGCGUGAAGGGCACUGUGCUUCCAUACACCCCUUUCGGUCAGAGGUUCCGACUUGGCUAAAGGAAAUGCAAGGGGUUUUGUUGUGUUUGUUUUAAAUAAAUUUAAUUCAGAACACAUGAACGCAGAACACAGGCUCUGUUAAAACGUCCAGGGAAAUUUUGCUCUUUAUUUUUUUUUCUUUCUAUAAACCUGUAUUUAGGUUUUCCCUCAAUUUUUUUCCUCAAAUUUGAAUCCUUCAAGAUAAAAGGAAAAGCAUAAUGCCUUCAACCUCAUAAUAAAGAAAAGUUAAAUUUUUUAAAAAGUAAAGAACUAUUUUGUCCUGUUUUAGUUCCAUAAAUCAGUUUAUGAAACAUCACGUGUAUGCUGACCCUGUCUUUGUGUGGCUGUGUGGGGAGGUGACCUGCAGAAAUGAUAGUGAAUGAAGAGGACAGUUUAAACCAUGGGCCCCA